GUUUUGCACUGUUGCAUUUUUAAAUAUUUCAAUUUUAAGCCUGUUCUGUAUAAUUCAGUUUCAUGGUCUAAUCUCCUGAAAUUUUGUUUAUAUGUAUAAAAGAGCAGGUGGCAAAAAUAAGCAAAUAACAGCCAUCAACAGAUCAACAAAAUAUAAAGGCAAGGCACAUUUGAUUAAAUGCAAAACAUGCCUAAAUCAUCUGGGGGAGAUGUUGUUGCUGCAGCAUCCUGAAAGCUGUUUGCACUGGUCACUGACUGUUCAUCAGGAAUCCCACGAAAAACUUGCUUGCCGCAAGUCUUGGAUAUGAAUUUCCGACAUACUUUUAUUUCAGUUUUCUAAUAGCCAUCAUUGUAGCUUUUACGAUGUAUAGUUAUAAAUUUAAAAUGUAUAUUUUCAACUGCUCAAUUCACACCGCACAAGCCCCGCCCCUAUUUACUGAAUGUACAGCUAUUAUCUAUGUGGAAAGGGACGGUCUAAGGGGGGGUUACUCGGGAGCAGACGUUCUGGGCAUUGCAUAUUUAAAAUUGCUGUAUUUUUAUUGUUUGUAGUAAUUAAAUAAGUGGUUCAGCAAGUCACUCCAAAGAGAAAACACCACCAUCUAAAUACAGUUUUUAAGAAUCUAGUAGUGGUAGUAGUGGUAUUUAAUUACCCACUGGGGGACUGCCCCAGCUGUCGAUGAAAGCUGGAGAAAAAAGAUUCUAUUUAGCACCCUCUGUAGAGGGUGCUAACAAAUAAGGGCAAUUAACAAAGUUUACAAAAAGACCGGUAAUAGGACUGUAAAUUUAAAUGUUCAAAGAAAGAAGGAAACCAAAAGAAACGGGCCAAACCAAAAGCCGUCAUGUUGCCAGCGGACUCUGCGUUGGUGUGCUCUAAAGAAAUCCGGGAUCUGACAAGGCCCUGAAUAUGGCUCCGCAGUCAAAGACUAGUUACUGUAGGGCUAAACUGUUGGGUGGUAGUAAGUUGUCUCAUGUACACCUACAAUACAAUGUAAUUGAGGUUUCCUUUUUGGUGUUUGCAAAGUCGUGUGUGUGUGUUUUUUUGUAUUUCCCAGAAUGAGGAUGACCCUAUUCAUAAAUGCAUUCAGCUCAAACUACUAUGGAUUUUGAAGCUAGAAAAUCCACUGUAAAUGUAAAAUAUUAGACCUGAAAUAUGAAUCUGGAUUUGGUUAAAAAUAUUCAACAGUAGUAUACCUCGCAGAACACUGACCUUUACUGCAAACUAAUAUGUUUCGAACAUUACUGGCUAUUUGUUAGGAUAUACUAUAUACAAUUUGGUGGAGAACAUAAUCAUGUUGGUGUUUUUUCAGUUGCAUCAAUUUCUGAUUUGCAGUGUAAAGUAAUGGCUAAAUCCUUAACAUUAUACAGUAUGCAUCAAAAAUGCAUUUGAAUGGCUUUUGCAUUUUGUACCAGCUCAAAUGUGCUAUAACCAGUACAUUUUGAAAUAUACUGUAGGUCUUCCAAAAAAAAAAAAAAAAAAAAAAUUAUGUAAUCCAAACAUUUCUGUAAAUACAUUGAUAGAAAUCUGUAUUGAGGGCCCCCAGCAACAACUCUGUUAUUUGCCCAUUCGAGCUCCUUUUUGGAUUAGUCAUCUAGCAAAAGCAUUAUACACCUUUUAUUAGCACAGUAGAAAGAUGAAUUAACCAUAAGGCCAUUUAUCUCUUGAGCUAAAUAUUCAGCAUUCCACCACCCUGUACUUGUUCAAAUCUCUAAAUUGGUCUGUGUAACGAUUAAUAGACAUAUCAUCCUUUCAGGUAGAGAGAGGACUGAUUAGUGUUGCAGGCAGUCAUGUGACAAUUUGAAUGCGCUUAGUGUUACUAACCCAGUAUGUUAAAAGGCUUUCUAUUAGUAUUGUGCUAGAGAACACAGCAGAUUGAGAUCAUCAUGGCUGGCAGAAGCAAGAAACUGGUUGAUGCUGAUGAGAUUAAAAGGCUUGGCAAGAGAUUUAAGAAACUCGACCUAGAUAACUCCGGGUCUUUGAGCGUAGAAGAGUUCAUGUCCUUGCCUGAAUUGCAACAGAACCCUCUAGUACAACGAGUUAUUGAUAUAUUCGACACUGAUGGGAACGGUGAAGUUGACUUCAAAGAAUUUAUUGAAGGUGUCUCACAGUUUAGCGUCAAGGGUGACAAGGAACAGAAGCUGCGGUUUGCCUUCCGUAUCUACGACAUGGACAAAGACGGAUACAUCUCCAAUGGGGAACUCUUCCAAGUGCUGAAGAUGAUGGUGGGAAACAAUCUCAAGGACACUCAGCUUCAGCAGAUAGUUGAUAAAACCAUUAUUAAUGCAGACAAAGAUGGAGAUGGAAGAAUAUCCUUUGAAGAAUUUUGUGCAGUUGUAGGCGGCUUAGACAUACACAAAAAGAUGGUGGUGGAUGUGUGACCUAUCUGAGCUCCACACAACACUUCUGCUUUCUUCUCCAUCUCUGAAGAUCUACUCAAGAUGUCCAGCAAUGCUCUCUGUGUAUUUUAAAUGGAAGUAUUUUCUCUGUGAAGCCACUUUUUCCAACACGAGCCUUGUGAAGCCAACUAAGUGUUAUUGAACUUUUAAUUCUAUCAAUAACUUGGUGUAGCACUUUAAAGCCUGAAGGACAGCUUACUGUGGAAAGAGCAUCUCAGUGUGGUGGAGAAAGGGAAGGGGGCUGGCUUGUCUUUUUUUAUUUUAUUUAUUUUGGUCUUUUGUCUUUUUUAACAAGGAAGUAUAUCAAUAGCUUUCUAAAUGUGGGGGGUGGGGUGGGGAGGGGAGAGUUAGAUUAAUUGUAACUUAAUUUAAGCAACACAAAGGUAGAGUAUGAAGUGCCAAGCAGAACAUAAAUAAACCAGUUGAAUAUAUAAAUAUUAGGGCUGUCAAUUAAUCGCAGUUAACUUUUUAGGGAGAUUAUUUUUUUUUUAACGCACAUUAAUCACACUCUUGUCUCUCUUAGCAUACCGUAAUUCAUUUCCUGCGGCACCAUUUUAGUGCAUGCCAGGAUUGAAUGAGUGUAGUCAUAGUUUUGAAUAUAAAAUUAGUCACGGAACCUCAUUAUGUAGCAAAGCACUCAAACUGAAGGACUUGUGAAUGGGAAGCUUAUUUUUAUUUUUUUAAACUUUGACGGUUCAUUGGAUAGAAAGAGGGUUACUUGUAUCUGCUGUCAAAAUGAGUUCCAGUGUCACAGAAGUGCAUCUAGUCUGCUGUACCACCUGUGUGCUGCUAAACAUGCUUUCACUUCUCAAAAUACACUUUCUAGUAGUUUUUUUUGCUACAGACAUCAACCAUACAACAACAAAUGUCAGUUUUGACAGAGUACUCUUAGAAAUUCAGGAUCGCUGCAAACCCAUGAAUCAAGCUAAGUACGAUACUAGAAUAUAACCAGUGCUGUUGGAUAGCUACCAUUAUUAUUUACAGUUAUGGAAGAUAUAAUCAUUACUAAGUUCAUGUUUUGUUUUAUUUAGGCAAUACUAAAUUUUUAUUAAAAUACAACAUUAUUAUUAUUAUUUAAAUGGCAGUGAAAAACAUCAGUUUAUGACUAAAGGAAACUGAUCAUUGUAAAUGCAGUAAGCUGAGUAAAGAACUGACUCCAUUGUGAUUUAGCAGUUAGUUCACACAAUUUAACAAUGCUGGAUUGUAAAUAAAUAUAAAACUAUAGAUAAUCCAGAAAUAGGAAAACAAGGUUUUUAUGCUGGGCCGUUUUUGGAUGCUAAUAAUAAUAAUAAUAAUAAUCAGUAAUAAAACACUUAAAUGAGAUGGAUGCUAUAAUUGUAUCAAUUAAAUAUGCGAUUUAAAACCAAGAUUAUUUGGGAUUCAUUUUUUUAAAUCUCAAGAUUAAUCACGAUUUUAUUUUUUUUUUAAUCGCUUGACAGCCCUAAUAAAUAUACAUGUUUAAUGUUUUAAUUUUUGGAACUGGUAGUACAUAAAUCAUACUGCAUGGUUAGUCAAAUUUAAUUCUUUCAUAUAGUAGUUUUCUAUUUAGACUUUAUGUAUGGACUGGUUUGAUUUAAACACUUUAGCUUCCAAUGUAGUAAACAAAUAAAAUAUCUUAGAAUUUUUGUAACAAGGGGAUUGUUUUAUUUAUACGUGUUUAUAUGGUCAGGGUCUAUUUACAUAUAGAGGCCUUGUUCUGCUUCUAAUAUAAGUUAAAAUAGAUGCCAAGAAGUUGACAUGUCUGCAUAAUAACCGCAGUUUACUUGUAUGGCAGGUGUUAUCUGUGUUAUCUUGGUACAGUACCUUUUUAUAAACAGUUAGCAUCCAUCAAACUAUCCCCUAAAGUAAAUAUGAUUUAUUAGAUUUAGUGAAAUAUUUCUAUUAGUAAGUUGAGUAUUUUAAUGUAAUUUUGUAUUUGUUUUAUUACCUUUAAACAGAAGUUAAGGUAAUUCUUUUUUUUUUUUUUUGCUUUAUUCUGGUUUUAGAUAUUUUGUAAGUGCUAAAAAUUCAUUAAAACUAAAGUACAAUGCAAAUAGUUUAUAAAGUAUGUGAAUAUAAGCGAGAAGUGCUUCUUGCUUUAUAUAGUGCGUUACAUACACAAAACUUACUGCAGGCAGAGUAAAAAAAAAAAACAAUAAAACCUGGUUUUUACCAAUAUAUGUAUAUUAGAUAAAUAGGUAAUGAGGGAUAUAAAAUGUGUAGCUUUUUUUUUUUUUCUGGGGAGGAAAACUUUACUUUUAGCUAAAUGUAUACCUCCUAGUUACUUUCAGUGCCCUUUUGUGGAGUUGUUGUGUUGUUUUCUUUCUUAUUAAUCUUAAUUAACCGUAACUUGUAUCCGUGUAUUAGAUGUGUAAUGACAUGCAUUGUUGAGGGUGUGCAUUAUAAAUAAACAGUGAGCUAUUAUCCCCAUUUUCCAUCAUCCCUUCCCUUUUUUGAGAGGGUACAAUUGGCUUAAAAUAGGUUUAGAAAAAAUAAAACCGAUUUUUUAAAAUGCUUUCAAAAAUAUUUACAGGAACAUCCUUAUGUGCAAUUUGGCGGCUUCACUAUGUAUUUAAGUUUGACAGAUUGCUCAAAGUGCAGGUUCCACUUCAGACUUUAGAACACAAGCACCUCCCUGUCAAAGCUGAUCCUUCGAGUGCUGCACUUCCAUGGGCUCUGUCUGUGAGAGAGAAUCCAGGUGCUUCGUGUCCUUGCAUGACAUGGAGUUUUUUUGCAUGUAGAUCAAUUUUGAAAUGUUCCUCUUGUUUACAUAAAUUGUAAUGUUCAUAUUAAAAUAAUGUUGCCAAACUUUUGGUAAAUGUUAACAGAAUAAAAGAAACUCCACUACAUGUAACUCUUAUCUUCUGGAUCAGUGUGUUGCUCGAAUUCCAGUGACUAUUGUUAUCUGUUCCAGUGUCAACUGCCAUGUGCUCUGCUUCAAGGUGAAAGUCAGUUUGUGAAUUUUAUUUUUUUUGUACAUAAGUAUUGGUUAUAAGUUGAGUUCAUGCUCUCCUCUCUGUGUGACUAGUGCAUUUAUUUCAGCUGCAGUUCUAGACUUUUUAGUGCUUUACUCUUUUGGGGAAUUCUUUAUUUAGUUUGUGUGGGGGAAAAAUGGUUAAAGUUGAAUGCUUAGUUGUUCUGUGCAUGCUGCAUCAUAUGCUGUGAGAACUAUUGAAACCUUCAUACUGUAUGACGACUUUAAAAAAAUAAAUAAAUAAAUCAAAUAUUUGAAACUUG